GCCCAGCUACCAUUACCAUCAGUCCAGAUCUCAGUGGGCAGACCUGGAGAGGCUGGGGCACGUCUUUGGCAUGGACUGCCAAUUACAUUGGCAAGCUACCAGACGAUCAGCUCACCAUCCUGCUCGACCUGCUCUUCUCGCCCUCCACGGGCAUUGGGUUCAACCUCGCGCGCUACCUCCUCGGCGCCAGCUUCAAUGCCACUAACAGCCCGCAGCUCACCAAAGACACCUUCCACCAGGUCAACCUCCCCGGCUACAAGCCGACUGAGGCCGGCCCGUACGACUGGGCAGCGGACUGGCGGCAGCGGAAGGUGCUAAAGGGAGCGAUGGAGCGCGGUGUAGAUGAGGUGGAGGCGAUUGCUUAUUCGCCGCCCUGGUGGAUGACCAUCAGUGGGGAUACCGCGGGGAAUGUGGGUGGAGCGUCAAACCUCCAACCGGAUAGGUACGGCGAGUUUGCAGAGUAUCUAGCGACCAUAGUGGAGCAUUUCCGGCGGGAGUGGAAUGUGACAUUCAGCACGAUGAAUCCGGCGAAUGAGCCGCUGGAAGGGUGGUGGCAGAAGGGGGGGAAGCACGAGGGGUGCUCGUUCACUGCUGCUGACCUGGAGCUGCUGUGCACGGCCGUGGCGCGUGCGCUGCAGCGGAGGAAGCUUCCCACGCAAGUCGCGGGGUUCGACAGCUUCGUUGGGUUCACGGUGCGAAACGCAAAGACAUGGACCGGCAAGCUGCUAUCCAGCCUGAAAAGGAUCUCCGUGCAUGGGUAUGUUCCUCCCCCGCCCACCACAACGGAUGCAAGGGCGUAUAUUGAGCAGCUCUAUGUGUGGUUGGCGCGGGUGGGGAUCGGCGUGGGGAAGGAGGUGUGGGUGUCAGAGAUUGGACCGAUGUGGGCGGGAGGGGCGGACACCGACGUUGGGUUGUUUCUGAUGCGAUCUGCGAUUCAGGCUAUCAACAUCAUGGGCGCUUCGGCGUGGAUUUUCUGGCAGCCGAUCACCCCGGACGUCCCUACAAACCCUAAUUUAUUCAGAUGGCUCGGGCGUCGCCGCGAGGGAGCGUGCCAUUGA